ACGUGAGUGCCCGAGUACUGCCCGCCAGAUCGCAGAGGCCGGGAGAAGCCUCUGCCCGCAUCUCCCAGGCACAGCACAGCGUCUAGUCCCGACGCGCCGCACGCUGUCGCGAUCCGGCGGCAGAUUACGUGAUAGGGGCGGGGCCUGAGCGGACGUGGCGGCCGAGGCGGUAGCGCGAUCUAGCAUCCUGGAGGCGCCUGGCCACCCGCGAGGCCGUAGUAAACACAGGUGUGAAGGAAACAUUCGCCAUGGAAGCCAAGGAGCUGGAGAGCCAGGCGCCUGCAUAUCAUUUCAUUCCUGAGGCGGGCAAGCCCAGGGAGGAAGAUGACAGCACGUCACCUCAAGGGACCACAGAAACUAUGCAGCUGAAGAAGGAGAUCUCUCUGCUGAAUGGCGUCAGCCUGGUGGUGGGCAACAUGAUCGGCUCAGGGAUCUUUGUUUCACCCAAGGGUGUUCUGGCAUACACAACUUCCUAUGGGUUGUCGCUGGUCGUGUGGGCCAUUGGUGGGCUUUUCUCCGUUGUGGGUGCCCUUUGCUAUGCAGAACUGGGGACCACCAUCACCAAGUCUGGGGCCAGCUAUGCUUAUAUUCUAGAGGCCUUUGGGGGCUUCAUUGCCUUCAUUCGCCUCUGGGCCUCCCUGCUAAUCGUCGAACCCACCAGUCAGGCCGUCAUCGCCAUCACCUUCGCCAACUACAUCAUCCAGCCCUCCUUUCCGACCUGUGACCCGCCGUACCUGGCCUGCCGGCUCCUUGCUGCUGCUUGCAUAUGUCUGCUGACAUUUGUGAACUGUGCCUAUGUCAAGUGGGGCACACGUGUACAGGAUACGUUCACUUACGCUAAGGUCCUAGCGCUCAUUGCCAUCAUCAUCAUGGGCCUGGUUAAACUGUGCCAGGGACACUCUGAGCACUUUCAGGACGCCUUUGAGGGUUCCUCCUGGGACGUGGGAAAACUCUCUCUCGCCCUCUACUCUGCCCUCUUCUCUUACUCAGGUUGGGAUACCCUUAAUUUUGUAACAGAAGAAAUCAAAAACCCAGAAAGAAAUUUGCCCCUGGCCAUUGGGAUUUCUCUGCCAAUUGUGACGCUCAUCUACACCCUGACCAACGUGGCCUAUUACACAGUGCUGAACAUUUCAGAUGUCCUUGGCAGUGAUGCCGUGGCUGUGACAUUUGCUGACCAGACCUUUGGUGUAUUCAGCUGGACCAUUCCCAUUGCUGUUGCCCUGUCUUGCUUUGGGGGCCUCAACGCGUCUAUCUUUGCUUCAUCAAGGUUGUUCUUCGUGGGCUCCCGUGAGGGCCACCUCCCAGACCUUCUGUCCAUGAUCCACAUUGAGCGUUUUACACCCAUCCCUGCUUUAUUGUUCAAUUGCACCAUGACACUCAUCUACCUCACUGUGGAGGAUGUCUUCCUGCUCAUCAACUACUUCAGCUUCAGCUACUGGUUCUUUGUGGGCCUGUCUGUGGCUGGACAGCUCUACCUUCGCUGGAAGGAGCCCAACCGGCCCCGGCCUCUCAAGCUGAGCCUGUUUUUUCCCAUCGUGUUCUGCAUAUGCUCCUUGUUUCUGGUGAUUGUGCCCCUUUUUGGUGACACCAUCAAUUCCCUCAUUGGCAUCGGGAUUGCCCUCUCCGGAGUCCCCAUCUACUUCCUGGGUGUCUACCUGCCAGAGUCCCGGAGGCCACUCUUUGUUCGGAAUAUCAUAGCCACUGUCACCAGAGUCACGCAGCGUAUUUGUUUUUGCGUCCUGACUGAGCUAGAUGUAGCUGAAGAGGGAAAGGUUGAGAGGAAAACUGACUAGAGGCUGCGGUGAAGUUCCCUGAGGCCUAGAAGGUUGGCUAACUGUGGCCACAGCCACCAAAGUCCAGAUGACACGACUUUGUGGGCCCAACCCUCUUGGACUAAAGGAGCCUGUUGGCCCACAUUAUGUAAGGGGGCUUAGGGCCGACGGCCUCCUCAGGUGGUCGCUCUUAUUGGCUUUGUUUACACUGAGCCGCCUUGGUGUGGAUCAUCAGGAUAGCGCACUCCUCUCCCGCCCGCCUCCUGGCGCGAGGUCUGGUGGGGCUUGUCUCAGGAAGACCUUGGUACUUAUGGAGACUUCUGUAAUUCCCCCGUGAUCAGUGAAGACUGGGGGGAAAGCUGCUUCAACCUCAGUCUGGCUUCUCAGCGGACUGCACGACUGGAAACAACUGAUUCUGGUGCUCAGGCUGCUCUCUGGCACCCAGGCCAAACCAGAGCAGCAGGUUCGCCCUAACGGAUGCUCCUUCUAGCAGCACGGCCUUACUGGAUCGUACAGCUUCCCUGGGAUGUCCUCGGACUGUCAUUGACCAGUGGUAAAGACAAGAACUACAAGGCAAUCUUCCAUUCUGACUGGCUUUCUCCGCCGAACUGGCCCAUCCCAGACAAGGGGGUAGGGCAUACUUGCUCAGUAAGGACAACUUAGGGGAGUGAGCUCACAGUGGCUUUUGCUUUAGGGCAAGCACCUGUGAGAGUGUUGGGGGACAUUCCUACUAUCCUGGGUUGGGGAUACACGCAGCAGAUUCCCGUCCGACAACAGGGAGCCCUGUGCAGAGGGUAACUUGCAUUGAUUAUGUAAACAUGACUCCUGACUGAGUGAGGCUGGCAUCUGUCCCAAGGAUCCUCCAGAGCUAAUCCUUUAAGCAUACUGCACUUGUCUGGAGGAUCCCUGAGCCAGGCUUUAGCUUUCUCCACUCAAGUGCAUGACCAGCUAAUUCCAGGAACUUGUUGCUCCCUAGUGGCUGCCAGGGAAAACAAGGGCCUCACACCCCAGGUGCCCUAAUACUUGCUUAUGAGCCAUGUUACUCUCCUCUCGUUACUGGAUGGUGACUGCAUUCUUCCCUUCUCUGCUGGGUACAGACUCUUCCUAGGAACCGUCCUGUGGGAGGGAAGCCAGAGACUUCUCCACUCGGGCUUCAUGGUGGAAUUGAUUUCCAUCAGGUUUUUGUUCAUCAACCUCAGUCCUCCUGGUAUGCUAAUCCCUUUUGCAGUGGGUACGAUUUGUGAAGUUGUCAGCCGUUUAAUGUUGGCAAACCUCAAUGAGUACAUAAACAGCAGGAGCACA